AUGGCGACCGCGAAACAUGUGUCUGGGGGAUGUGUUCAGUCCUGUGGUUUGAAUAGACAAGAAAGUGGCGGUGAAUUCAACUGUCACGUGCGGGCGCGGGGACGCGGAGAAGAGGUGAUUUUGGCGGAUAUUGUGAUCAAUCAUAAUGGACCUGUUCCGAGACGUUUUGCGAAUGGCCGACCAUACACUACACUGUUCUACUCGGGGGAAAGUAAUUACACCGACUACAAACGAGGAAAUGACGCUUACCAACGUCAGUAUGACGAGGUUGUUUCCUUUCAUCAACAUAGGCGGUAUUAUUUCACCUGGGCUAAACGUCACCAGUCUUCAUUUAUGGAUAUUAUUCGUAGCAACAAGGGGAGUAACGGUGAGGCUUACAGUACGACGUGGUCUGUAUGGAAGCAACGUCAGUCGGCGAUUGCGGUGUUUGUUUCCAGAUGCAAAGCACGCCGUGUAGAGGUGAUCCAUCGUCUGUCAAGGUACUACCCUGUUCAUAGUUACGGUAAGUGCGCAAAAAAUAAAAAGAUUCCUCCCCAAUGUGCUACCAUCGGUGGGCGGUACCUACAGAAGAUGUGUGUGAUGCGGAAGUACAAGUACGCCAUGGCGCUGGAGAACUCGAGGGAGCAGGACUACGUGACAGAGAAGGUGUACCAC